AUGGCUAUCUCCUCCAGAUAUAAGCGAGACACCCCACCCAUUCCACUUUUCUCACGCACGCACCGUGACUUUUUUCUUCCGCCACCGGAAGAUGAUACUCCCCCAGAUGAGUUUACUCCAGCACCACCUCUAGUCCCAUUUUUUUCUCCGCCAGAUGAAUUCACACCAGCUUCGCCACUUCUGCCCAUAUUUGCUCCACCAUGGGAGCCAAACUUGCCACCCGAUGAGUUUCAACCAGCACCACCAUUUUUGCCCAUAACUUUUCCACCACCAGCACAAGAUUUUCCGCCUGAUGAGACUGUACCGGCACCUCUCGUCCCAAUAUUUUCUUCACCAACCGAGCCUCCACAAAUUCCAUUACUACCACCAGAACAACCCUUUACGUUUACACCACCUAUUGAAACAAACCCUGGUGCACCAAAUCUUUUGCUGCCACCUCCAGUAAUUCCUUCGAUCCCCGAGAUUCCUGAUCAGCAGCCGCUUCCACUUUCUUCCACUCCACCAGCGCCAGAUACCGGAUUCGUCGAGCCAGUGCAGCCGAUGUCACCUCCACAGCCUUUCUUGCCACCAUUCCAGCUUCCACCAUCUGAUUCGCCUCCUUUUAAGAGUUAA